AUGGUUGCGGGACGCGUUGAAGCCGAUGAGUUCUUUGAGCUUCUCGGCACUCUCAACACUUCGGCGCUCGAAUGGCGCAACUUCAUCGCCAAGAACCAAGGCCAACGCACUGUCUCGCUGAAGCAACCAGCACCUACAGUACCGCUUACUCCAGAGAACGCUCCCUUCCACGAAUCCAAGAGCACGCUUCUUGAGGCUGCCAACCAGCUGAUCCGGCUGGUCCGUGGACCUCGCGAAGCUCUCCUUGCUCUAUCGUUCGAGCACUGCGCAACCACCUCUUUGCAAGUGGCGCUCAAGUACAAGUUCGCUGCUCACAUUCCUCUCCACGGCACCACGACAUAUGCGAAGAUCGCCCAAGAUGUCGGUCAGGGCGUGAGCACGGCUCUCGUUGAGCGCAUCGUUCAACACUGUGCCUCAUUCGGACUCUUCGACGCCAUCCCGGGAGGCUAUGUUGGCCACAACGAUGUUUCGGCCCUUCUUGUCACAGACCCUGACAUCGAGGCCUGGAUGUACCUGAACGCUACCAUCGCAUUCCCAGCUGGUGCCAACGUGCCUAAAGCAAUUGAACAAUAUGGGUACAGCAUGGAGGCAAACGAGUCCGCUUACGGCAUCUCAAUCGGUCGCAAGAUCUCACAGUUCUCUCACUUCCGUGAGCCUGACAACCUUAAGAACCACGAAAUGUUUGCUCGUGCCAUGCGUGGUAUUGCAAAGGGUGGUGCCUACGAUAUCGGUCACGUCAUUGACGGCGGCUACCCUUGGCACUUGCUGCAAGAAGGCAAUGGCCACUUGGUUGUCGAUGUCGGCGGUGGUCCAGGCCAUGUCAUCAUGGGUCUCGCGAAGAAGUACCCUGAGCUUCGAUUUGAGGUUCAGGAUUUACCAGAGACCGUCGAGGUCGGUGCUCAGGCAUGCGAGGAGUCACUGCGACCGCGUAUUGCCUUCCGUGCUCACGACUUCAUGACACCACAGCCAAAGCACAAGGUCGACCAGGAAGGCAUUGUCUACUUCUGCCGCUUCAUUCUCCACGACUGGAGCGACAAGUACGCCCGCGAGAUCGUCCAACAGUUGGCGUACGGACUUCGCGAGAACGACCGAAUCAUCCUGAACGACGUCGUCGUCCCUGAGCCAGGUCAGGAGCUACGAGAGAUUGAGAGGAGAAUGCACGAUCGCGAUCUCCUCAUGCUGAUGAACCUCAACGGCCGUGAACGAACAAUCAGUGCAUUCCAGGAGAUCUGCCAAUCUGUCACGCCCAAGUUGACAGUAGCGAACGUCUGCCGUCCUAAGCAGGGCGAGCUGUCCCUCAUCGAGAUCACCUUGGACGGCGCUCAGGCAACAGUCAAUGGACGUGGUGCCACUCACGUGAAUGGAAAUGGUGUUGCACAUGUCAAUGGAAACGGUGUCAAUGGUCACACCAAUGGCUACACCAAUGGCCACACAAAUGGGGUUAACGGGGUUCACUGA